UUUAUUUAUUGUGCUGUGACUGUUCUCGGUGGUUUCAUGAAAAGUGCAAACAAAUGAUCAAUGUUACCAUCUAUACUAACAGUCGGCAAUCUAUCCCGGGGUUUGAAUCGCCUAAAACUAAUCUCCGAUACCAAUCAUGUGGAAAAGUUAACCAAUCUUCGUCCUGCCGGGUAUUCCACGAUUGCCGGAGCGGACCGCUGGGAGGAUGGUCUUCCUUCGCAAUUCAGCAACACACCACCGAAAGAUGCACGGGUUGUCAUUUGCGGUGGUGGUAUUAUGGGAGCAGCGGUAGCGCAUCAACUAGCACAAAGAGGCUGGGGCCAGCAUACCGUUCUAAUUGAACGGGGGCGAAUUGGCGAAGGCAACCCGUGGCAUUUUAGCGGGUUGCUGGGCGAGCUAAAACCCACCCAUUCACAGGUGCUACUUGCGCAGACUUCGCUGGAAUUGAUUCGGGAUUUACACGCCAAAGGUCUUCCUACAGGAUGGAAACAGACGGGAUCGCUAAACUUGGCACGAACGCGGGACCGGAUGACCAUGUUCCGUCGCAUGAAAUCGCAAAGCGUUGCUUGGAAUGUCGAAUGUGAAAUCGUAACACCGGAGAAAUGUAAAGAGCUCUGUCCGUUAAUAGACAUUGGCGAUGUAGUAGGUGGAUUAUGGAUUCCGAACGACGGUGUCGGCAAUCCUAACGCAUUCUGCCACAGCUUGGUACAAGAAUCUCUAGAAAAAGGCUUAACGGUUGCGGAAAACUGCUCAGUUACUAGAGUGAUACAAAAAGAUGGACGAAUUAAAGCGGUCGAAACCAGCAAAGGUACCGUGGAAUGUGUGUACUUCGUGAACUGUGCGGGAUUUUGGGCCCGACAGGUGGGACAAAUGUCGGAACCGUACGUAAAGGUACCACUGCAUGCGGCUGAACACUACUAUCUGCAUACCAAACCAAUACCCGAGCUCGGCGAAAAGUUCCCGGUUGUUCGUGAUUUGGAUGGACACAUUUACUUUCGUGAAAAUGACGGAUGUCUGCUAGCGGGUGGAUUCGAAGCAAAGGCCAAACCCGCUUACGAAGAUGGUGAAAUACCUGUUUCGACGGCUGAACGAAAACUUCUGCCAGAUUGGGAUCAUUUUCAUCCGUUACUAGAAGAGCUCAUCCGUCGCUGUCCAUCGCUUAAGGAUGUGGCACUGGAAAGGCUGGCCAACUGCCCGGAAGCAUUUUCGCCGGACUGUAAAUGGAUCAUUGGGGAAGCUCCGGAGAUACAAAAUUAUCUGGUAGCUGCUGGUAUGAAAACCGUUGGAAUGUCCGCUGCUGGUGGAGUGGGACGAGCAAUAGCAGACAUUAUAACACAAGGUUACUCGACAGUGGACUUACAUGAACUAGAUAUUUCCCGAUUUUUGGGACUACACAACAACCGCAAGUUUCUGCGGGACCGUGUGCGCGAGGUGCCUGGAUUGCAUUACGAUCUUAACUAUCCGUUCCAUGAGUUCCGAACCGGACGUAACCUGCGAAUGUCACCCAUUUUCCCUGCGUUAAAAGAAGCUGGAGCUGUCUUCAGUCAGGUGAUGGGCUACGAACGACCUGCGUGGUUCGAUAAGAAAAAUUCUACUGAUGAAAAGGGCAGCCCGAAGUUUCGUAUUGCCACAACUAACGGCUUUGGCAAACCGCAUUGGUUUGACCAUGUGCAAAGCGAGUAUGAAAAUUGUCGCGAGAGAAUCGGAAUGAGUGAUUACAGCACGUUUACCAAGAUCGACCUAUGGUCCAAAGGGAAUGAGGUGGUCGAUUUGCUGCAGUAUCUCUGUUCGAACGAUGUAGAUCAACCGGUUGGAUCUAUAAUUCACACUGGCAUGCAUAACCGUCAUGGUGGGUAUGAGAACGAUUGUUCAUUAGCACGACUAUCUGAGAAUCAUUACAUGAUGAUUGCACCGACGGUACAACAAGCAAGGUGUAAAGCAUGGAUUGAACGACAUCUACCACCAGGUGGACGAGUAAGUGUGUCAGACGUUACGUCGAUGUAUACCGCCAUUUGCAUUAUGGGACCGUUUACGCGAAUCAUGCUUUCCGAGCUAACCGAUACAGAUCUGUCGCCUAAAAGUUUUCCAUUUUUCACCUGUAAGGAAUUGGAUGUUGGUCUUGCUAACGGAAUUCGCGCACUGAAUCUGACUCACACCGGCGAACUUGGCUACGUCCUGUACAUACCGAACGAAUUUGCGUUACACGUGUACACGAAGCUUAUGGAGGCAGGACAAAAGUAUGGCAUUCGGCACUGUGGCUAUUAUGCUAUGCGAACGCUUCGUGUAGAAAAGUUUUUUGCAUUUUGGGGUCAAGAUUUGGACACGUUCACAACGCCCUUGGAAUGUGGACGUAUGUGGCGUGUGAAGUUUGACAAAAAGGUAGAUUUUAUCGGAAAAGAAGCGUUGCUGCAGCAAAGAGACAAGGGUGUGGAACGGAUGUACAUACAGUUGCUGAUCAAUGAUCACGAUCCGGAUCUCGAUCUGUGGAGCUGGGGCGGCGAACCGAUAUACCGUGAUGGGCUGUACUGUGGGCAAACUACUACCACAGCCUAUGGAUUUACUUUCAAAAAACAGAUCUGCCUUGGUUUCGUGAAAAACUUACACCCAAGUGGUCGAGCGCUUCCAGUAACGAACGACUAUGUGUUGAGCGGAGAUUAUGAGGUGGAAAUAGCCGGAAUACGUUACCCUGCGAAAGCGAACCUUCACUCGCCCAAUCUGCCCACCAAGUACCCCGAUCAGGAGCGUGAAGCGUAUAAAGCAACGCGCGACAAAACGGACGAGUCGAACCUUUUGGCGUAUCGGCCUAAUAAAUAG